GUUUGUAAGCCCGGCAUUUCUAUCGUAUAUAGAUCUUUUUGCUACGUGUCGAUGGUCCUUCUUUGCGAAGAGACUUGCUUGUUUGGUGGACUUCCCUUUUUGUGGGGAUACUCAGAUGACGGAUGUGCAAUGUAUGAGACAGAUUGCGCACACAAAUUAAUUUGUUUGUAUUGUGCUACAUGCAGUAAAACGGUAAAACUCAUAUGUCUUUCAUUGCUGCCUGUACACAGGAUGUCACUGCAUGUUUGCCAUGAAUGACCUGGCAAAGGUGUGCGAAUGUUUUGAUUUUGGUUCAAGCUACUGCUAUUGGAGCAGUGUUCUUCACUUUAUUUCCUUUCAUCAUGUCGUUCUCCUCAUUAUUUCAGUCAAGGAAAGCUCGCACUGAGUUUGAGAUCACGCUGUCGCGGUGCAGCUAUACUGGAGCUUUCCUCUCCGUGCACGAAGCGGUCUGGAACAUCAGAGCUGGAGGCCUGUCCUGGAAUUCUUAUGACUUCUGUGUCAACAUGAUGCUCAUUCUGUCGGAGAUCGCGCUCUUUCUCUUCAGCAUAGCGUGCCAAAUUGGUUUUACCUACUAUUUGAACCUUCAAAUGCAGCCUCCGCCUGAUGUUUGCACCUUGCACACAAGCCGGGGCCUUCAGUGGCUAGGGGCAGCUGCCUUCGUCGGGAAAGUGCUCCAGGAUGUAUUUGAGACAUGUGAGAUGCUUCUUUGGUUCCUUGUCGCCGACCGCAUCGAGAAGGAUCUUGCAGGUGACCAACCAGAGAGCAUCGAGUUAAGUGACAGGGUCGCCGGAAUCCUUUUCGUGGUGCUUCCCAAAUUCGCCAUUGCAGGUUGGCUCACGUGGGUCGGUGCACGGUUCGUACUGCUCUCCUCAGAUGACACUCAAAUCAUCGUGAAUUGCCUUGCAAUGACCUUUGUGAUGGACAUCGAUGAGAUUGUCCACAAGACCGCCUCAAGCCAGUAUGUGAAGCAGAGCACAGAGCACCUUAAAGCGUGGUCCAUGCCUCUCAAACCUGAAUAUGUGAGAUUGGAAACCGUCAUGGCGCCGGUCAUUAAAGCUGGGCUUUGGGCGUUUGCUUGCUUGGUACUCAUUGCCGAUCUUCCCCGUUGCAACCAGCCUCCAGGGCCUCCAGGGCCUCCAGGGCCACCCAACCGAUAGUGAGACUUAAGCAUUCUGCCACCAUGCCCUGCGCUGAAGAAAAACAGGAUUGCUUGACUUGCGUGAUACAUGAUAUUGAUACUAUAUAGAUACUUUGACUUUGUAUCACUUGUGCUCGUGCC